GUGGGCAGUGUCGCAGCAGGUUCGGUGCGCUGUCAGAGUGGAUAGUUUUGAUAAGCUCUGUGGUUGACCUUGCUGCUGAGCGCUGAUCACAUACAGUACACCGUCCAAGGAGGGAAAAAAAAAAAAAAAAAAAACUCCCAACAUGUCAGCCACCCAUUUACCUGCAAUGCCAAUGCCUCCGAUACCCGACUUACCCAGCUCGGGUUUCAGGUUAACUAAAGAGCAUUUUUUGGUUGCCGUGCCGGUGGCGGUGGUUGCAGCUGUCGGAGGCUUUCUCGUCAGCCAGUACCUGAACAGGCGGAGCUGCAAAAAGGGCCAAGUGAACACCUGCAUCAACAAAGACAGCCCUAAAGUGGUCCACAGCUUUGACAUGGAGGACAUCGCCACCAAGGCCGUGUACUGCCGCUGCUGGAAGUCAAAGAAGUUCCCUUACUGCGAUGGUUCCCACACUAAACACAACGAGGAAACCGGGGACAACGUUGGACCGCUCAUCAUCAAAAAGAAGGACGCGUAAUCUGAGCCACCGGAGAACUCGGCCCUCCCUGACUCCUCGCACGCCUGGCCCGAUCAUCUGUCAUUCUCAUUGCCGUGUCACACUGAUUGAUGAUUACAGUAUGACGCUGAUAUGUUCAGUCCAAACUCUGAGCAUUGUCCUUUGCCCGUAACAGAAAAACAUAGUUUUAAUAUCAAACUGGCCACACUGCUCUGACACUGCUUAGUGUGACUUUGAAAUCAAAGGUCAUUUGAGGACAGAUAAGUUAGAUAUGGUGGCACUAUGACUGCAGCUCGCAGUAUGACCUACUUAAUGUGCCGUUUGUUUAAAGUUCUCACUGGGCCUGAUAAAGGUGAAAUAUUUCCCCGUGCGGGCAUUGUGCCUUCAUGUUUGGUGUCCUUUCAGCCGCCUCCUCUGGCUGUGGGGCAGGUGGCUGAAAGACGAGACCUUCAGUCAGUCCAGCGUCUCGGUGAACUGAAGCGUAGGCCUUAAAUUUAAAUCUAAACCAGAAUCCAAACGCUCACACAACCCUACAUGAAUGUUAACACACAUUGUUUUGUUUGUUUUGCUGCUUUAGUCAGAGGAGGUAGAAGUUUAGUUUGUUGUUAAUGAACUGUUGAAACUGUCUUCUUGUAACCAGUUCCUGUGGCUUUCUGGGAAAACUUGUGUUGAAUCUGUGUUCAGCAGCUCGUGCCCAUUAAGAAUAUAUUCUGCCGUUUCAGCAGGUAGAUUUUUCUACUGGCUGCGGGGUGUCUGGUUUGAUUCAUUGUUCUGUACAUUGUGAAUAAAACUUGAGUGACCCAA